GCAGUGUGUCACUCCUCUGAUUGUGUUACGUAAAAAGCACGUUACACAACAGCGCCGCCGCAGCAGCAGCAGCAGCUCAGAUCCUUCUGGUCCUGCAGACGCACCGAGCACAAGCUGCAUCCAUCCGCCGCCAUGUCUCCCGUGAAGCCCGACGGUCCAGAUGGGGCCCAGCCUGUUGGCAACAGUAAGGCGAAGGAAUGCAUCACCACGGUCCUGAAGGGACUGGAGACCAUCGCUCCUCUGGUGCGCUCCGUAGAAGAAACCCCGGAGCCAAUCAGCACCGAAGUAAAAGGCACCAUCCCUUCCUGGAUCAACGGCAAGUUCCUCCGCAACGGCCCGGGGAAGUUUGAGUUUGGAAACACACACUACAACCACUGGUUCGAUGGGAUGGCGAUGCUGCACCACUUCAAGAUCGAGAACGGCCAGGUGACCUACAUGAGCCGGUUCCUGCAGAGCGACGCCUACAAGAAGAACAGUGAAAAGGACCGCAUCGUGAUGUCAGAGUUCGGUACUGUCGCCAUGCCCGACCCAUGCAAAAACUUCUUCCAGAGAUUCCUUUCUCGCUUUGAGAUGAUCGAACCGACAGACAACGCAAGUGUGAGCUUUGUGAAAUACAAAGGUGACUACUAUGUCAGCACAGAGACCAACUUCAUGCACAGAGUGAAUCCAGAGACCCUACAAACAGUGGAGAAGGUUGACUGGAGUAAGUUCAUUGCUGUAAACGGAGCCACUGCUCAUCCGCACUACGACCCAGAUGGCACCACCUACAAUAUGGGAAACUCUUAUGGGAGCAAAGGAGCUCUGUACAACAUCAUCAGAGUACCUCCUGAGAAGAAAGAUGAAAAAGACACCCUGCAAGGAGCCAAAGUGCUCUGCUCUAUUGUGCCUGCAGACAAGUCCCAUCCCUCCUACUACCACAGCUUUGCCAUGUCUGAGAACUAUGUGGUGUUCAUCGAGCAGCCGAUCAAGAUGGACCUGCUGAAGAUAGUCACAUGCAAGCUGAGGGGGAAGGCCCUGAGCGACGGCAUCUACUGGGAUCCCAAGCAGGAAACGGUUUUCCAUCUUGUCGACAAGAACACAGGCGAGGUCAGCUCAGUGAAGUACCACACCAAGGCCAUCUCCACCUUCCAUCAGAUCAACGCCUUUGAGGAGGACGGAUUCCUGAUGCUCGAUCUGUGCUGCUCAGACGACGGCCAAGCCAUCAACAACUACCUCAUCCAGAACUUACGCAAGUCCGGAGAUGCACUAGAUGAGGUGUACAACACCCUGUGCAGGGCUUAUCCUCGUCGCUUUGUUCUGCCCCUAAAUGUGACCAGUGAAACCCCGACGGGCCAGAACCUGAACACUCGACCCUCCAGUGGAGCGUCAUGUGUCAAAGUCAGCAAAGACAAGGUGUUCUGUCAGCAUGAGGAUCUCCAUGGAGACGACCUGCACGAGUACGGCGGCCUUGAGUUCCCACAGAUCAACUACAACAAAUGUAACACGCGUCCGUACCGUUAUUUCUACGGCUGCGGCUUCAGACACCUGGUGGGAGAUUCUCUGCUCAAGAUGGACCUGAAGGACAAGAUGCUCAAGGUCUGGUACCAGAAGGGUUUCUACCCAUCAGAGCCCGUGUUUGUGCCUUCACCUGAUGCUAAGGACGAAGAUGAUGGAGUCAUCCUCUCGGUGGUCCUCACCCCCUCACAGGAUAAAGGAACAUUCCUCCUAGUUUUGGAUGCCAAGACCUUUGAAGAGAUGGGAAGAGCCGCUGUGCCUGUUAACAUGGCGUACGGCUUCCACGGGGCCUUCAGCGCUUCUGCAUGAGACAGUCUCCAAAGAGUUUCUCAUCCUCAAUAUUAUACCAAGAAUACGAAGUGCAGUAUUAAGCAUGUAGCCACUAUAUUCCUGAUGGUACUGAGUAGCUGCUGAAUUACACAGUGAAGAUGGAUGCAGACUUGUCUUACUGAGUGCAGAUGUUUACACAAAUGAAGGUUUUUACUACAUUAAUUCUGCUUUAGUCUGUUUUACUUCUUAGUUAGCUGACAUAUACUCAUGUUAUUCUUAUUAAAUACAUUCCUUUUGCACUCAUUUGAAAAUGACACUAAGUAGGCGAGGCUGCUCUAACAGGGAAGUUAAUGUGCUGUGGGUAUCAAACCUGUGAUCCUCAGACUGAAUGAUGGUUCAAACACUAAGUGCCAAAAUUAAUAAUUUUCAAAAACUGUGGUACUCUUUCAUUUUUUCAUUGAGCAAUGAUUGUUUUUUUUACAGCUUCAAUGACUUUUAUAUACUCUUUUAAAAAUUUUUCAUUAAAUUUUACCUCUGCGGA